CGUAAUUGUUGCAGACAAGCCAAUUUGCAUAUGGAAUAAAACUAUGCAUUAAAUGUCAACAAUAACAAAUUUAAAUUAAAAAAAUAUAUUAUUUAUUUUUUAAAAAAUUUUGUUCAUUAAUAAUUUAAAAAUUAACAAUUAUUUAUAACAACUUUUUCGAAAUUUUGAAUACAAGUAAUUGUAUUUUUGUUAAUCAGUAACAUAACAAAUAGAAUAACUUCAUAAUUAAUUUAAGCUUGGAAAAAAUUCAAAGAUGACUGCGGAAUACGUUAAAAGUAAUACUAUCAAACAUGAAAGUACGAUAAAUUCUGGCUUGGAUUAUCUCAAUUCCACUUCAUAUUUUAUGGAAGCUCUUGAUUAUUGUCUGAUUACAAUAAAAAUUGAACACCCUGCUGGAGAUAAACAUAUUUCAAUAGAUGUAAGAAAGGAUUAUGUUACCAAGCCGGGAACAGUAAUUUUUCAAGUAUUUGUUAAUAAAGAAAGACAAUACUCAAAAAUAGUUCAUGACUGGAGCGAACAUCAUAAACUGGAUGUUCUUAAAGACAAUAAAUUUAUCGGAUCAAUGAAAGUUGUUUGUAAAAUUAUUUGGUUAGGUUUUACUGAUAAAUCUUUACCAUCAUCGGUGAUUAAUAGAAGUAGUAAUUAUUCAAAUUUUUAUGUGACAGCUGUAUUGAGUGAUGUGAUGUUGAUUGUCGGUGGUGGAGAAAUUCCAGCUCAUAAAAUUAUUCUUGCUGCUGAGAGCUCUGUUUUCUUAAGAUUGUUUAAAUCAAAUAAAGAUAUGAAUCGUAUUGAUAUUGAAAAUGUAGAUCCUGAUGUUAUGCAAGAAGUUUUGAAAUUUUUAUAUACGGGUGAAACAUUAGCUGAAGAUAAUUAUGAACUUGCUUUAAGAAUGUUAACUGUUGCUGAAAAAUUUAAAAUAAUUAAAUUACAUAAUUAUUGUGGGCCAACUAUUUUUCGUUUUGUUACUACGGACAAUGCUAUACGUAUUAUUUGUGAAGCUGAAAAAAACAAUGCUCAUAGAUUACGUAAAAUGACAUUAAAAUUUAUUAUAGAAAAUAUAAAAAGUAUUGAAAUCCAAGAUGAAUAUAAAAAAUUGACAUUAAUAAAAAGUGAAUUAAUGUAUGAAAUUGUUGAUGGUUUGAGAGAGUCACGCGCUAAGAAAACUAAGAGGAUUAAAAUUUGUUUUGCUUAAAUUAUUGUUUAAAUUUAUAUAUUUAAUUGUAUAUAUCUUAACGUAAUGUAGCUUAUAUUUUUAUAACAAAAAUAAUUAUAUUAAUUAGUUUAAGAAAUAAAAUUUUUGAUAAUAAACUACAGUCGGAUCUCGUUAUAAGACUAUCAUUCUGUCUUUUUUAUAAACCAGGUAUCACGAUAGUUUGAGAGAGAAACUAAUAGUCUUAUAACGAGGUCCUAGUGUACCUAGCCCCCGGUCUCCUUAAAAACUUGCUUUUUACAAAUAAUUUUUAAUUAAAAAAUAUGAAGAAGUAAUUAUCUGUCUUAAGGGAAGAAGCUCGUCUGAGAUACAAAUAAAAGAGGAUAUUUUUGUGAUUUUUUUUUUUUAGAGUACCUUCUUUAUUAAAAUUGUUAAAAGUUGUGAUAUUAUUAAGCAUCAUUCCGAGAAUAUUCUGCCAAAUUUUCAUAAAAAAAUAUUGGAAAAUAAGCCAGCAGUAGUGGGGAGAGACAAGUCACCUCAAUAAAAAAAGAUCUCCAUGCUGUAGACAGAAUAACUCAGGACUGCUUUAUCUAAAAUCAAAAAACCAAAAAGAUUUCUUUAGUCAUAAGUUUAUCUUAGAUUUGAACAAAGGAUUUUUUUUUCCAACAACUACAUGUUUUUUAAUUAAACAAAAGGAACAAUUUUUGGCAAAAAUCAAAAUGUUUUGAUUGCACCUUUACCGAAAAUUCAAAAAUGAAUAUUUUGAUUUAUUCUUUCGUUCAAAUCCAAGAUAAUUUUAUGUACUAAAGAAAUCUUUUUGGUUUUUUUUAUUUCAGAUGAGGCAGUUAUGAGUUCUCCUGCCUACAGCAUGGAAACUUUUUUUUUUAGGCUACUCAGUUCUUCCUACCGCCACAGAUUUAUUUUUCAAUAUUUUUUAACGAAAAUUUAGCAGAAUAUACUUGGAAUGAUGCUUAAUAACGUUACAAAUUUUAAGAAUUUUAUUAAAGAAGGUACUCAAAAAAAAAAUCACAAAAAUAUCCUCUUUUUUUUUAAUGUCAGACCAGCUUCCUCCCGUAAAACAAUUUCGGUAAUGAAACUUAUAAGGAGACAAGUAAUCGGGAACUUUUUUUUAUAAAUUUAUAAUUAUACAUCAAAAGGAAUUAGAACUUGUGAUUCUCAUAUUUUUUAAUAUUGUUCAUAAAAAAAUAUGUACUUCAUACUAUGAAUAUCUUUCAUACACUUGGAGCUUAUGUAGUAAAUUUUUCUUUUGUUAAAUUUAUAAACUAAAAAAGUAUAGAUCUACUUAAUAAAAAAAUGUUAAAUUUAAAAAAUGUAAAGUGUUGUUUAGUUUUCAGUA